UCUCUCUCUCUCUCUCUCUCUCUCUAAAGUCUACAAAGGCCACAACCCCUGCCCUUCGCAGCCCUUCUUCUAAGCCCUCAGUCUUCCUCUUUCCUUGCUCGUGUCUUUUGAAUAGAAAUCAGCAGGAACACAGACAAGUGGAAGGUGUUGACGAUUGAAAUGGCGAUCGAUCAGGAAUCCCCCUUCAAGGAGCUCAAUCUCAAGAACCGACGAGUCAUGGGCGGAGGAGGGCCGGCGGACGACAACCGGUGGCCGCCGUGGCUUCGUCCCCUGCUGUCGACGAGGUUCUUCGUCCCGUGCAAGCUCCACGCCGACUCCCACAAGAGCGAGUGCAACAUGUAUUGUCUCGACUGCACCGGGGGCGCCUUGUGCUCGCUCUGCCUCAACCAUCACCGCGAUCACCGCACCAUCCAGAUUCGGCGCUCGUCCUACCAUGACGUGAUCAGGGUGUCGGAGAUCCAGAAGGUACUAGACAUCACCGGCGUGCAGACGUACAUCAUCAAUAGCGCCCGUGUGGUGUUCCUGAACGAGCGCCCCCAGCCGAGGCCAGGCAAGGGCGUCACCAACACCUGCGAGGUCUGCGAGAGGAGCCUCCUCGACUCCUUCCGCUUCUGCUCCCUCGGCUGCAAGAUUUCCGGCACCGGGAACGAUUACAACGGCAGCAGGACGAACAAGUCGACCACGAAGAAGGCGAUGGCAGAAGCAUCGGACUCGGAAGAAUCAUACACCAGCUCAAGCCGGGGCAACGAGAAGAGCAACAACGUGAAGCAGAGCUUCACUCCGUCCACCCCGCCGCCAGCUGUCGUCAGCUACCGGAGCGCCAAGAGGAGGAAGGGCAUUCCACACAGAGCCCCCUUCGGAAGCCGCAUCUUGGAAUUCUAGGCCAUGCCGCCCUUCUUCAUUACCACCACCCACAGUGAUACAUACUGAUACGCUACUACUACUAGUGUCCACCACAUAGGCAAAACUUAUCGAAGCAGUUGCUGAAGCUUAAACUAAGGCAUGGAUUCUAUAGUUAUUACUAUGUGAUGGGUUAGUUAAGAGGAGGGACAGUUAGGUAGGUGGACUGGGGAUAUCUAAGUUUUGUGAUGGUAGAUAGGUUUUGGGCUUGAUAAAUGUAAAUACUGAUAAGAAGGGGAGCCAUAGGGAGAUGGUUGGCUACAUAAAAGGAUAGAAGAAUGUGUAAUAAAAUGCUCCUUGUA